AUGCCAGGCGUGACCACUGACGAGACACCUUGGCUGGGGCUGCGCGAGAUGGUAAAGGGGAAAGGAGGCAGGCCAGCACCUAUCGGGGCGUGUUCAGAGAGUGUGUACGAGGCAGCCGUCAACCAGGAGAAACAGGAUGGCCGGAGGUCACACAAAGACCUUAUCCCAGAGGAGAAUGUGAACAGCACUCAGGAGGAGAUCACAGUUGUCAAUCUCAAUACCGACAAAUCAGGCCGGCUGAAACUAGAGACCGUGGAUGACCUUUUCAACAUCCUGAAACUGAGGAAGAGGAGGAGGGAGAGGAAGGUGCAGAACAGGAAAGAACCAGAGCCAGAGAUCAUUCCCGACACAGUCGAUGAAGACAUGUUCCUGAAAGCAGCUAUGGAAAAUAAACUGCCUGUGAUUGAGAAGUACCUGUCAGAUGGAGGUGACCCCAACGUCGGUGAUCAUUUCCUAAGGACAGCACUACACAAAGCCUCAUCCAAGGGCCAUGUGGAGAUUGUGAAGAGACUGCUGGAGGCUGGGGCUUCCAUUGAGAAGAAAGACAGAUUGGAUGCCACUUCAGUACACUGGGCCUGCAGGGGAGGCAGCUUGACUACUCUGGAGCUGCUUCUCAAUGAAGGAGGGAAGUUCAACUCCAGAGACAAGCUGCGCAGCACUCCUCUCCAUGUGGCAGUGAGGACGGGACACAAUGAAUGUGCUGAGCACCUCAUCCACUGUGGAGCAGAUGUCAACGCUAAAGACAGAGAUGGAGACACACCCAUGCACGAUGCUGUGAGGAUAAACCGAUUCAAAAUGAUCAGGCUGCUGCUGAUGUAUGGAGCCAGUCUUAAAACUAAGAACAGUGAAGGCAAGUCCCCUAGUGAGAAUCUUCUGGCCUGGCAGAGUGGUGCUAAAAACCUCCUGUGUAACAUCAACAAUGUUAAAUAGAACAAUGACUUCUCAAGGUCUUGGGGAGAUCUAUGGCUAUUGAAAUCCAUCCAUUCAUUCAGAUUGUCAUUGAUAACGGAUACUGAUAGAAUUGUUGAAUGCCGAUAUUGCUGGCCAAUGUUAGAGCUGUAGCUUCCAUGCAUUUUGAUGUUGUGUUGAAGUUGGCUAUUGAGAUUCUGGGGAGAUUUAUGUGAUUGUUGGUUUUAUUUUUAUUUAACCUUUAUUUAACCAGGUAGGGCAGUUGAGAACAAGUUCUCAUUUACAACUGCGACCUGGUCAAGAUAAAGCAAAGCAAAGCAAAAACAACAACACAGUGUUACACAUAAACAAACGUACAGUCAAUAACACAAUAGAAAAAUCUAUGUACAGUGUGUGCAAAUGUAGAAGAGUAGGGAGGUAAGGCAAUAAAUAGGCCAUAGAGGCGAAAUAAAUGACAAUUUAGCGUUAACACUGGAGUGAUGAUGAUGUGCAAGUAGAGAUAAAAAGCAAGAGGAUAAGUAACAAUAUGGGGAUGAGGUAGUUGGGUGUGCUAUUUCCAGAUUGGCUUAUUAAGCUGCUCUGACAGCUGAUGCUUAAAGUUAGAGAGGGAGAAUUAUAAGACUCCAGCUUCAUGGAUUUUUGCAAUUCGUUCCAAUCAUUGGCAGCAGAGAACUGGAAGGAAAGGUGGCCAAAGGAAGUGUUGGCUUUGGGGAAAACCAGUGAAAUAUACCUGCUGGAGCGCGUGCUACGGGUGGAUGUUGCUAUAGUGACCAGUGAGCUGAGAUAAGGCUGGGCUUUACCUAGCAGAGACAGAUGAUCUGGAGCCAGUGGGUUUGGCGACGAAUAUGUAGUGAGGGCCAGCCAAUGAGAGCAUACAGGUCGCAGUGGUGGGCAGUAUAUGGGGCUUUGGUGACAAAACGGAUGGUACUUUGAUAGACUACAUCCAGUUUGCUGAGUAGAGUGUUGGAGGCUAUUUUGUAAAUGACAUCGCCGAAGUCAAGGAUCGGUAGGACGGUCAGUUUUACGAGGGUAUGUUUGGCAGCAUGAGUGAAGGAGGCUUUGUUGCGAAAUAGGAAGCUGAUUCUAGAUUUAAUUUUGGAUGCUUAAUGUGAGUCUGGAAGGAGAGUUUACAGUCUAACCAGACACCUAGGUAUUUGUAAUUGUCCACAUAUUCUAAGUCAGAACUGUCCAGAGUAGUGAUGCUAGUCAGGCGUGAGGGUGCAUGCAGCAAUCGGUUGAAGAGCAUGCACUUAGUUUUACUUGCAUUUAAAAGCCGUUGGAGGCCUCGGAAGGAGUGUUGUAUGGCAUUGAAGCUCAUUUGGAGGUUUGUUAGCACAGUGUCCAAAGAAGGGCCAGAUGUAUACAGAAUGGUGUCGUCUGUGGAGAGGUGGAUCAGAGAAUCACCAGCAACAAGAGCAAGAGCAAGACAAAUGCAAUUGCAUGUACUGUGGGAUUUUACAAGGUGAUAAGUUACUGGAAUACUUACAGUACAAUUGUAUGCUCAAAAGACUUUGAACAAAAAAUGAGUAUUAACCAAAGCCAGUUUCUGGUUACAUUCAUCUGUUUCAGUCUAAACACACAGAAAGAAGUGAUAGUAGUGAGCUGGAAUGGAAAGUUGUUGUUGGUUUAGAGAAUGUUUUAAAUAGGAAAUAAUUUGAGUGAUAUUUUUGAUGUUUUUUUUUUUUUUUUUUUUAGAAAAGACUAGAAUGCAAAGCGUCAAGAGACCGCACUGAGUUUUGUAUUUAUUGUAAAGUUAAUCUGUAUAUUAUGCUUGUUAUUUAUUGUUUGUUUAAGUCAAUAAACCAAUCUGAUAUUUUCAAAUA